ACCAGCUGGGAGGGGUGCGUUGGUUCCUGAGCUCCCGGCGCACACACAUACACACACACUGACAGCCAUGCCUCAGAGAUACUCCCACCAGAAGAGGAAAGCCAGCACAGCGGCUGCUAGGAGGAUGGAAAGGAGACGCAGGGACCAGGGGAAAAGCAACAACAACAGCAACCCAAACAGCAGCCAAAACCACCGCUCCAAGAAGCUGGCCAUGCUCUCCAGGUCCCUGAUCCUGUGUCACUCUAAGACCACCGAUGACUGCCCCGGUCCAGAAGAGAGGCAUGCUGGGGAAGUGUCAGAGGGGCGCAGGACAUGGGGUCCAGGCUGGAGGACAGAUCUGACUGCUGGGAAUACAACAGGCUACAGAGACACAGAGAACGGACAAUGGAAAAAAUCAGCCAUGGAGAAAAGAGGAGGCACAGAUGCAGCCAACCAGCUGCAUCACACCACCACACAUAGGGAGAAUAAAAAGAGCAUAAGGAGGUCCUUCAGCAUCAAGGAGAGUAGUAUUUGGAGGAUGUGUGUAGCCACAGGGCCCACUGAGGAGGUGUGCGGACCACAAAUGGCUGAUAACAGCGUCCAGACAGACGACAAAGACACUAAUGUGGAGCCAGGGAGGAGUGGAGGGGACCUACACAGAGGCUGCAGCUUCCUGAGCCCAGACAAACUGGCACCCUUUAACGGACAGAGUCUAAACGGUGGUGCUUGGAUGGAGGGGGAGGGAAUGAGGAGCGUUCACAUUAAAGCCUACAGUGAGAACAUUUCCUCAUGUGAAGAAGCUCUCCAUUCACAUAGUCUGGCUAUAAGCCCGCAGCAUCCAGCUCUCAUUUCCCCAUCUGAUCAUCUGUCAUUGCCUGGAUACACAGAUGAAGAACUUACGGCCAACAACAACCAUCUCAAGUUGCCCAUUCCAGAGGUGAAUGAGGAGAGAUGCUGGGAGACAGAGAAAACCGAGCAGGACUCACCAGGACAGAUGGCCAGCAAUAGGACACGCUCCAAUUCAACUAGUGUUCAUCCUUACUGGAUUGGGGAUCUGGACAGCAUCAUCAUGAAGACACCAGAGCUGUAUGCCAGUCAUCCUCAUGGGAAUGGCAGUUUAUAUGGAAACAGGAAGUCUCUGUCCCAGCAGCUGGAGUUUCCUCACACCACUACGCAGCCUGUGCACCGCCCGUCACGCUCUCUCAGCUCUGCCCAGCUAGUUCACUCCUGCAGCAAUGUACAAGCCUUCAUAAUCUGUAAUAUUGUGUUGAUGAAGGGCCAUGGCAAGGGUCUGGGCUUCAGUAUAGUGGGUGGGAGGGACAGCAUGUACGGACCAAUGGGGAUAUAUGUCAAGACCAUUUUCCCUGGAGGGGCAGCAGCUGCUGAUGGAAGGCUACAGGAGGGUGAUGAGAUACUGGAGCUGAAUGGAGAGUCACUGCAUGGUCUGAGUCAUGAUGAAGCCUUGCACAAGUUCAAACAAAUCAAAAAGGGCCUAUUGACUCUGGUGGUGAGGACCAGCCUGCGUGUGGGGGCCCUGUGUGGCCAGGCCCAGGUAGCUCAGCUGUGCAGGUCGCGCUCCCUCAGCUCCACUACAGGCAUGGCCAGGGUCAGUGCUGACAUGGGAGACUACAACUACCUGAACAACACUUGCAGCAACUCACUGAGCAUCCCGGGUCAGCCUGCUAAACCCAGGGAUCGCAUUAUGAUGGAAAUCAUUCUGCAGAAAGAGGCUGGUGUUGGUCUGGGCAUUGGACUGUGUUGUGUUCCUUCUGGUGAUGGAUGCCCUGGGAUCUACAUCCAUACCCUCUCCCCUGGAUCUGUAGCACACAUGGAUGGUAGACUCAGGUGUGGGGAUGAGAUCAUGGAGAUCAACGACACUGUGGUUUACAACAUGGCGCUGAAUGAUGUCUAUACAGUCCUGAGCCAGUGCACACCAGGUCCAGUCCAGGUCAUCAUCAGUCGACACCCUGACCCCAAAGUAUCAGAGCAUCAGCUAAACGAUGCAAUAGCUCAAGCUGUGGAAAACAGCAAACUGAGAAAGGACAAGAGCCAGUGGAGUAUUGAUGGGCUGCGUCGACUGGACUCAUGCUCUCACAGCCGGCAGAGAUGCGAGUGUUGUCUAGAGCGGAGUUUCAGUCAGCUGACGGUUCAACGAGCUCAGAAGACCAUGACCCGCUCCUGCAGUGACAACACCAACAGCCACCACCACAACCGCUGCCUCACCAUCCACAACCUCCACAACACGCACCAUAACCCAUCAUCCCGCGUCCACAGCCUGGACACACCCAAGGCUAUGACAGAGACAUGGUCUGACAACAGACUGUCGGUGCCUGUGUAUCCUGAUGAAGACUAUAAUGUUCCAUACAACUCUGCUGCUGCCAACCUGUCCAGUCAGCAGGCCCUGGAUCUGGCCUACAGGAGCAACAAGUCCACCUCCAGGCUACGUGCUGCUCCACGUCGGUACUGCUGGCCUCAGGAUGUGACCAGUGAGGAAGGUUAUAACGGAGACUCCAGCAGCUCCAGCAGAGGAUCCCCAGUCAGAGACGAUGGACUGGAACCUUCAUCACACUCCAGCUGCCAGCAGGAAGGAGAACGAAUAAGAGAACAGUCAGAGGGGAGCAGAGAAGAUUUGACUGCAGCCUGCACCGAGGACAGAUUACACACAGGUGAGUCAUCAGCUGUGUUCUGCUCACAGCCAAAGAGAGGAGCUCUGAGAAGGCAGGCACGGAUUGAGCAACAUACCCAAGAACAGCUUCAGGAUCCCUGGAUCCGCCUUUCAGACAGCCCCCCCAAAGAGCCACCCGACAUCCACCACAACCACCACCAUCACCACCUCCACCACACACAGCCUACCACCAUGAGUGAUGAAGAGAACACCCCUGAGCUCAACGGCACUCAACAAGUGACUUCAGAUCCUCAAUCUGACCUGGCUCCUGAAACCAAAUGUGAGACCUCCCCAGAAUCAAAGAAGGGGCCCCCAGUGGCACCCAAGCCCGCCUGGUUUCGCCAGAGUCUGAGAAAAAUUCGGAAUGAGCAGGCCCAGAAGAAGAUAGCUAAACCUGCUGAGCAGAGGCCCACUGCGGGCUUCAACAGAAGCUUCGGAGUCAAAUCUGCCUCGUCUGCAGCCAACCUGUCCAUCAAACAGAAGAUCCACUCUUUUGAGACUUUUUCCACUCCAGAGAGUCCAGAGAAGGGGGACAACAGAAGGCCUGUGGCCCCCUCCACCUCCCUUCCUCUGAUGGAGAAAGAGUCUGGAAGUCAGAACUCCCCACUUGGAGAGUCUGGAAAGAGCAAAAAUGAAAUCCCCAAAGAGAUCCAAGUGAGCCAGUCUGCAUCUGCAGGGGAGACAGACAGCACACCCUCUGCUGUCACCUGCUCCACUCCUGAAGCUUGUUCUCAAACAACAGCCACGUUCUCUGAAGCUGAACCAUCCACCCAAUCCCCCACAGAUCCCCCACCUUCUGACACCACCAGCACUGAUCCAGAGUCAGGGAUAAAUGAUUCUCAUACAGCUCCAGUCCACAACAACAUGGAUGUCUCACCAUCCGAACAGGAACCUGACCCACAAAGAGAGAAUGUCAGCAGGUCCACAGAGUCAGAGGUUUUACCUUGUGCUGGUCUCACCUCUGUGACAUCCAAUCAGCCUGAAGGGGAAAGUCCUCCAGUUGGGACAGAAGGGGAUGGAAGCCAGAGCCAAGGAAAACUAUUCAGCCAGACCCCGAGUAAUCCUGCUUCCACAGACAUUAACUCCCUAAGAGGCCUGGAGGGGGAGAGUUUAGGGAAAAUCCUUGCCUUCAGUAACCAGGUAUCACAAGCGUUGAUGCGCUCCCUACCCAUGUCCUCCUGCCAUGGUAACCCUCGCUCCCAGAACCUCCAGGACCCUGCUGCUGAGGAUUCUAAAAACCCUCAGGAGUGUGACUCCGCCCUGGACACCACCGACAGGGGAUUCUCUGUCAGCUUGGCCACACUGAGGGAGUGUACCAUUGAGCGAGCGGAGGGUGGAGCUCACGACGAGGCAGCAGUCACUUCUGCUUGCGCUCACUCUGUCAUCUCAGCCAUUCCGUCACAGGAAAUAGAGAGGAUGAUCCAGGAAGUGAAAGCUCUGGAUGAAGACACACUGAAGCAACUGUUGGACAUCCAUGUUGUGAUUCUGCAUAAAGAGGAAGGAGCUGGUCUGGGCUUCAGCAUCGCUGGAGGAUCUGACCUGGAGAGCAAAGCUACUACAGUCCACAAAGUGUUUCCCAGCGGCCUGGCAGCUCAGGAGGGCACCAUCCAGAAAGGAGAUGAGGUGUUGUCUAUAAACGGACAAACUCUGCGUGGCCUCACACACACCGAUGCCACCAACGCUGUGCGUCAGGCUCGUAAUCUGAAGCUGGCCGUGGUGGUCGUCUGCAAGAGAGCAGAGGAGGAAGCGAGAGAGGGCGGAGGCUGCAGGAGCGAGCAAGAGUCCAGCUCUGCAGUGGAGGAGCAGGGAGCUGCUGUCAGCCUGCAGCUGGAGAAAGGUGCAGGAGGAGUCGGUUUUACUCUGGAGGGAGGAAAAGGCUCCAUCCAUGGAGACAGACCGUUAGUCAUCAGCAGGAUCUUUACAGGUGGAGCAGCAGAGCAGAUAGGUCUGCAGUGUGGAGAUGAAGUGCUGCAGGUUCAGGGCAUCAGUCUGCAGGACAUGACUCGCUUUGAGGCCUGGAACAUGAUCAAGGCUUUACCUGAAGGCUCCAUCGCCGUGGUGAUCAGGAGGAGAGAGAGAGCAGCAGAAUGAGACGCAGACACAGAGGAUGUUACACACGAGGAGGCCAAAGAAAAAAAAAAAAAAGAAACAGCUUGAGGCCCACUGAUGGACUUUUAUCAACAAUCUCAUGUUGAUAAAAAAUCAGAUUACUCAAGGAUGACCUCUCAUUAUAUUUCUAUUAUUUCUGACCAGAUAUGGAAGUUUAAAUUUUACAUUUUUUUAAAGGAUAAUUUCAACCAGAUCACAAGAAGAAAUAUGAUAGUUGUGUGUCCUGUUUACUCUGGAUAAUCUACAGACUUCACUGUCAUGUUUUGACCCUCAGCAGAGAACAGUCCCAGUCUGCUCUGUAGAUUUUCCAGAGAACAACUGACACACACAACAAAACAAGAAACUUUCUUCUUCUUUUUUCACAGAAGCUUUUGCUGAUGAAUACAGAGUUGGCAGGUGGCAUGGAGAAAAGAAAAAAAAAAAAUCAUGCACACAAAUGAUUUAUUUGUGUUCCUGAAUGAGCUGUGUGCACAAAACAGUGCAUAACUUUUAAAAAAAAUAGUUGACAGUUUCACAUACAGCAUGCUUGAGGGAUGUUACUGAUAACAGUUUUUUGUUCAAAAGGGAAAAAGCUAAUCUGGGGGUGUUUCCACACAUCUCCAUCUGAAAUCAACUCAAACCACUGCAUCAAACCCAAGCAGCUGAUUUAGAUCAGUGCAGGCUGCAGAUGACAGAUAGAAGCAUCAUCCAGACACUUCACAGUGAAUGCAGAACCCACACAUGGUUCACUCAACAUCCAAACAUCUGCACAUCUGCACAUUGUUCUAUCUGACAUCUGUUAAACUAUAUGUUGUAUGCUAUAUUCUGUUCAUCUGUCUACACAAAUUCAAAAAAAAAAAAAAAAAAAUUAGCAAACAAUGUUAUCUUCUUCUCCAUGACACUGGCCAUGACAGCUGUAAGGCUUCUUAAAGCCUGACUGGAAAUCUGUUUACUCACGUUGAUGUGAAUGAGGUGGUGAGUACAGUCUUCUGCUUCAUUGUUUUGUAUAUUGGAGAUAAAUUAGGCAAAACUGUGACAGUCUAAUUAAAAAAAAAAAUCCUUAAAAAACACUGUAGCUUUAGUCCAAAAACACAGAUAAACAGCCUUAAAGACCUGCCGUCAGAGUAAACAUACUCAAAAUAUAAUCCCAUACCAUAGUCAUGCUUUUAUCUGCUCUAUCCAUCACUGUACGACACAUCAAGCCACAAAUCACACCAUGUGAGACACUUAACGUAUCAUCAACAACUGAUCUUAGCAAUUGUGAAGCGGGGGGGGGGGGGUGUCUCUGGUCCCCCCCACCCCCCACCCCGCUACAGCAGCUGCCUCAUCAGUCUGAGAGUCUAGAAAACGUUUAGUCUGAGUCAGUUCAGACAUUUGCACAAAUCUGAAGGAGAAGGGAAAGAGAUAGAGAAGGUGGACACAAUAACAACACCGCCUGCACACAUCUGUGCUUGUGUUGUACUGGAUUGACUCAAAUUUGUUGAUGUGUCUGAAGUUGCAGGUGUUGACCGGUGUUAUUGUGGCUCUGUAUGAUUAGUCUAUAAUGGUAUUUAAAGUGUAAACAAAGAGAAUUAUAUAUUAGAGUAAACAUCUAUUUUUUAUCAGCGGUGGUACUGUAUGUGUAUGUGGAAACAGAAGACCAAACACUGUUAAGCACUUUUUGUUGACUCAGCAGCUUUGAGUUUAAGCUUCCUGCCAUUUUUUACCAAGUUACCCCGUCGACCUGCGCUCACCCGGAAUGUUCCGCACUUCUAUUUGUGUCUCAAGUCUGAGCGCGCAACAUUCAGAGCUCAGAAAAAAGAUUUUUUGCAAGCACAUCAAUUAUAUUUUGUAGAGAAAUGAUCAAAAGAUUAAUUUCAGUGAACAAAAGACAAGUUGUGUGUUUACUAUCGUAAUUCUGUGAUCUCUGCAAGGUCUAUUUCAAUCAAUGACCAACUGGUGUAAACAUGACAGUCGUCAGCGUAGCUAAUAUCAGCUUCAUUUUGGUACAAAUGACUCUUCUAAGCCUCCAUACAACUGUUUGCCCCCCAUCCUGCCACAAUGUGCCAUUAGAAGAAUAAUAGCACAUUAUAACUCUCCUGCAAGCUUAUGUGGAUAACAUUCAAAACACAUUUAUUGACUACAGAAUAGAUUUUUUUGUUCACUCAGAAUAAAUUCUCUACAAAAUAUAAAUGAUGUGCAUGAGCUGAGGAUUAAACCACAAAUAUGCCAUAAAAUAUCUUUGUAUGCAACCAACAAACUGUUUUCUAUUAAGGUACACUGAAAAUUUACAUAAACAGUUUAUACAUUGACUUAUAUCUGCUGUAAAAAAUUGAAAAUAACUUGUAUAAAACUGUUCAAAACU